UUUAAGCACGCUAGCUUCCAUUUUUCAAUCUCAGUCAGUUCAUUCUUCGCGUCGCGUGCGAUUUUUCGCGUUACCGAUAACCUCGGUCAACCUCGGUUUUCACCUCGGAAUAACGUGAAUAUUCGUGAAUUUUCUCGAAUAUUCCCAAUCGAUAGCAGCGUACACCUGUUUAUAACACGUAUGAGUAAGUUUGUAGAACGGUACAACGGACGGCAGAUAUAUAUUUGAAAUUUCCAAGUUUAGUCCGAAAACCGAUCUGAGACACUGUUCCCUCGUCACGAGCACCGACCGGGAAGUCAACGGAUAUGGCUUCAACUAAAGUCGAUUGGGGACAAUACACCGAUGAACAAGACAAAUUGGUAUCAAAGGUGACAGAUUUGAACUUGGAUAAACCAAAGCAGACAUCCAUACCUGCUUCGUCCAUUAAAGAUGGAGAUCCGAAGAGUGAUGAUGAUACAUCUGAGGAGCAAAUCUCACCAGCGGAGAAAUCACUCUUACAAAAAAUUAUAAGGAAAGGAUUAGUGGAAACGACGAAAGAUAUAGAGGUUCAAAGAAAGGACCCAAAUUCUCCAUUAUUUAGCGUCAAAACUUUUGACGCACUUCAUCUCAAACCUGCCUUAUUAAAAGGAGUUUAUGCUAUGGGAUUUAACGCACCAUCAAGAAUUCAAGAAACUGCUUUACCUACUCUACUUGCCGAUCCACCACAGAAUAUGAUUGCACAGUCUCAAUCUGGUACGGGUAAAACAGCUGCAUUCGUUCUCGCCAUGUUGAGUCGAGUAGAUGUAACAAAGGAAUAUCCACAAGUACUUUGUUUAUCACCAACUUAUGAACUAGCAAUUCAAACCGGUGAAGUAGCAGCAAAGAUGUCGCGCUUCUGUCCCGAGAUAAAAAUAAAGUACGCUGUAAGAGGAGAAGAAAUAAGCCGUGGAUCAAAGAUCACGGAACAUAUUAUUAUAGGAACUCCAGGUAAAGUGUUAGAUUGGGGGCAAAAAUUCAAAUUCUUUGAUUUAAGCAAGAUAUCUGUAUUUGUGUUGGACGAAGCAGACGUUAUGAUUGCUACACAGGGUCAUCAAGAUCAAUGUAUUCGUAUCCACAAAUUACUGCCACGUACAUGUCAGAUGAUGUUCUUCUCUGCGACGUAUGAGCCUGAAGUGAUGAACUUUGCAGAGAUUAUAGUCAGUAAUCCACUAAUAAUACGGUUAUUAAGAGAAGAAGAGAGUUUAGAUAAUAUUAAACAAUAUUAUAUCAAAUGCGAAAAUAUAGACGAAAAAUAUGCAGCUAUCACUAAUAUCUACGGCGUGAUUACUAUCGGACAGGCGAUUAUCUUUUGUCAUACAAAGAAGACAGCUAGUUGGUUGGCAGAAAAAAUGUCGAAAGACGGACACGCGGUAGCAAUAUUAUCUGGUGACUUGACAGUGGAACAGAGGAUUUCUGUAUUGGACAGAUUUAGAGCAGGGCUUGAAAAAGUUCUUAUCACUACGAAUGUUUUAGCUAGAGGCAUUGAUGUGGAACAGGUGACGAUAGUAGUCAAUUUCGAUCUGCCGAUGGACCAAAAGCGACAAGCUGAUUGUGAGACAUACUUGCAUAGAAUCGGAAGAACGGGGCGAUUUGGCAAGUCAGGAAUUGCCAUCAAUUUGAUCGACUCGCCGCAUGCGAUGCAAUUGUGCAAAGAUAUAGAGAGACAUUUUGGCAAGAAAAUCCAUUACCUCGACGCGGAGGAUGCGGAUGAAAUUGAAAAAAUCGGAGCUUAAGAUAUUAUGCUUUUUAUUAAGGAUGUACCUAGGCUUUAAUAUAAUGUUUUUUAAAGGGGACUUCUCUUUGUAUUUUGAAUAUGAAAUAUUUCUUUUCCAACCAUGUGACGAUGUGACUACACUAGGAAACUGCUUUUCUUUUGUCUUGUACUCCUCUCUUUCUCUAUUUGUCUGGCUAUAUUUUAUAUAAUUCAUUGGAUCAAAACAAGGCAAUUAGACAUGAUUGAAAUUGUUUUUAUAUUGUAUGUGCUAAAUAUACAUACAUAUAAAAUAUACUGAUCUAUUUGGCAUCAUUAAAAACUCCAAUUUGCUUACCGAAGAAAAA